AUGGGUUCACCAAUCUCCGGGCUAAUUGUCGAGGCGGCUCUACAAAAACUCGAGAGUCGAUUAUUCGGGGAGUACAAGCCCCAGUUUUGGGCACGCUACGUUGAUGACACCUCUGUAAUAAUCGACCGGGAUAAAAUCAACUACUAUGCGGAAGUACUGGACUCAGUCAUUCCCGAUCUACAGUUCACGAUGGAAGAGGAAGUAGGGGACAAACUUCCAUUCUUGGAUGUUCUCGUCUGCCGCCAACCAAACAGCAAACAAGCGAAGUCGGUCUACAGAAAACCGACGAACACGCUGAAAAUGCUCGGAUACAACAGCAACCACCCGCUACAACACAAACGAAGCUGUGUCCUUACGCUACACCGACGGGUAAAAACGCAUUGCAUCACGCCAGCCGCCAAACUGGACGAAAUAAAGCUCCUCCAAGAACUCUUCAGAGCUAACGGAUAUCCGCGGGCAUUCACUGAACGGAGCCGAAAGCAGCCAAAGAGACGGAAUGAAGAGCAAAGUCAGUCCAACUCUUGGCGGAGCAUUCCGUACAUUAAAGGGGUCUCCGAAGUCGUGGCUGGAUCCCGCGCGCCACUCAGAAUAGGUGUUGCCCACAGGCCUGACUCAACAAUCCGCCGACAAGUGAUGCGGCCAAAAGAUCCGAUCCUUAAACAGGAAAUGUCGGCCGUUGUCUAG